AUGUCUAAAAUAAACGAAUACGCAUGGCCGCAUUAUUUCCUACUACAUCAUGGGGUAUUCCGCGAGCACAGCAGUACAACAAAACUUCGUGUAGUGUUUAAUGCUAGUGCCGCAACCACAUCGAAUAAGUCGUUAAAUGACAUACAGAUGAUAGGCCCUCCUCUCCUAAACGACAUAUUUUCCAUUUUACUUCGUUUCCGGCAGUAUAAAUAUGUUGCCAGUGCUGACGUGGAGAAGAUGUAUAGGCAAGUGCUUGUUCAGCCCGAUCAGCGUGACCUACAACUAAUUUUAUGGCGGGAAACCGCAUCGGAUGAAUUAAGCGUAUAUAGACUUAAUACUGUGACAUACGGAACGGCGUCUGCUCCGUACUUAAGUAUGCGCUGUUUGCGUCAACUAGCACUAGACACGGAUGAUAAAAUUAUUGCCAGAGUAAUAAAUGAGGAUUUCUUCGUCGACGAUUUAAUAACAGGAGAAGACGACCCUCAAGUGUUGUUGAAUAUAUGCGAAAAAACGUCAGAGAUUUUAAAGUCUGCUUGCUUUCCGUUAAGAAAAUGGACAUUCAAUUAUGAUGUAAACAAAGAAGUAUUUAAGAAGUUAUCGAGCGGUGAACACUGUCAGAAUAAAACACUCGGUUUAGGAUUGCAAGUAGAUAAAGAUAUGCUUUAUUUUACCACCAACGUAGAAAAUACGUCAAAGGUCACUAAACGAACAAUGAUGUCUGUGAUAUCACAAAUCUAUGAUCCGUUAGGUCUUUUAGCGCCGACAAUUAUUAUAGCAAAAGUAUUGCUUCAGAAGUUAUGGCUUUGUAAAAUCGAUUGGGAUGAUGCGGUCCCAACCGAUAUUGAAUGUUUGUGGAACCGAUUUAUUCAAAACCUGUCGUCUUUACAGAACAUCCGGGUCCCUCGUUACGUCAUGAGUGAACAUGUACUUAAUUGCGAAUUACAUAUUUUCACUGAUGCGUCACAAAAUGCGUAUGGGGCUUGUGCGUACAUACGCACGUACUCGGAUCAAUCAUCGGUAUCAGUCAAAUUAUUAUGUGCAAAGAGCAAAGUGGCCCCCAUGAGGCAAAUAUUCUGGAAACGAUGGGCGAAGGAAUAUGUGGCGGAGUUGCAGACGCGCACUAAGUGGAAAACUCGUCAAGAUUCUCUUGCGAUCAAUCAACUGGCUUUGAUAAAAGACGACAACCUGCCGCCACUAAAAUGGAAGUUAGGGAGAAUCAUACGAAUGUAUCCUGGAACCGAUGGGAUCUCAAGGGUGGCCGACCUACUGACGUCAUCGGGCAUCACACGUAGGGCAUUCUCGAAAAUAUGCCCCCUGCCAGUAUCACCAUAG